CUGCACAGCAUGGCGCAUCGUGGCACUCUAGAAGAUGCUCCGUGGGAUGACGACGCCGUGGUUCUCGCCUUUGAGGACGUCGCCGACUUCAAUGAGGACAACAUCCUUCCUCUGCCAGCGGACGAGCUUGCAGACGUUCGAGCAUGGCUGCAGCCCACCAACUAUGAAGGGGACGGCAGUGAGUUAGCCAAGCACGCAGCAGCACAUCUCGGAGGCACGGGCGAGUGGCUCCUGAAGUCAGCUGCAUAUCGGGAGUGGCAUGACAGAGACGGGAGCGACGUGCUUUGGAUUCGAGGCAUACCUGGGUCAGGCAAGUCUGUCCACGCCGCAUCUCUGGUCCACCAGCUUCGCCAAGAGCAAGUCCCAGUCUUAUUCUUCUUCUUCCGGCACAUCAUCGCAGCGAACCACCAGCCUGUUUCAGCGGUGCGAGACUGGCUCGCGCAGAUUCUACCUUACAGCCCGCCUCUGCAGGCAAGGCUGAAGAGCUAUGUGGCCGCCUGUCACACGCUAGACAGCACAUCCUCGGUAGACCUCUGGCAGGACUUGCAGAUGGCACUGCGGCAGAUUCCGAGGGCAUUUAUCGUCGCCGACGCGCUCGACGAGAUGGACCGCGGAGUCAACAACGGCGAGAUGCACGCCUUCAUGGACAAGAUCGUGGAGCUGACCCGGCGUCGACCCGGGCGUACCAAGAUGGUCAUCACGUCCCGGCCGGUCGCGUACAUUGAGUCAGCGCUGCGGCGGGCAGGCGGCUCUGUCGUCAACAUACGGCUCAAGGAAGAACUUGUCGACCACGACAUUGCGACAUUUGUAGCGCACCAUCUAGCUUCGUCGAGCAUCAGUAACGAUAACCAAGCACUCAUCAAGGCGGCAGUGCCUGGCCGCGCCAACGGCUUGUUCCUCUAUGCGAAACUGGCCAUGGACGCUUUCAUGCGCCCGGGGGCCGAUGUCCAGGCUAUCCUUGGAGGGCUUCCACGAGACCUCGACACCAUGUACGCCGACAUACUAAAGCAGCAUGCCCUGCGGAGCGGUGUGGCCGAGGAGACGCAGGUCCUGAUCUUGCAGCUCGUCACACAUGCCACGCGGCCCCUCCGAGUGCUCGAGAUUGCGAGCCUCAUCAAUGUCACGCAGUGCCCUUCCAAGAUGCGGGAUCUCAAGGCAGCGAAAGGUCUGGUGCGCUUGGCCUGUGGUCCGCUGAUAGAGAUCCUGCCUGAUGAGUCCGUCAGCGUUGUACAUCACUCGCUUACAGAAUACCUCACUGGCGUUGACGAUGAUGCCGGCAGUGUUCAUCAUAACCAUCCUAUUCUCGAGGCUGGCGCCACGCAUCAGAGACUUGCAUUAGCCUGUCUGGAGUACUUGCAGUCUGAGAGUCUGAUGAGCGAUAUUUCUAAGCCGUGGAAAAAACACGAUACGUUUGCGCAGUAUGCUGGGAAGAACUGGUUCGUCCACGCUCGCAAGGCUACGCUGGCCGGCCGCACUGAGCAGGCCCGGCUCAACCAGGUCUUGGACAACCUCUUUCAGUCAAAAGAGCACAUUUGGGAGAUCUUGUGGAUGGCAGACGUCGGCGUGGCAGUCGGUUCAGGAAUGGACGUGACCCCAGCCUACGCCGCGACCGCCCUCCGGCUGCAUGAAUACCUCGAUAUCGUGCUCUCGCGGGACCCCAAGCAGGCCCGUGUCGACCUGGGAGCCAGCCCGCGAACGUCCUCGAUCUGCCUGGCCUCGCAAAAGGGGUACGUCGAAAUCGUCGAGUCCCUGCUCAGAGCUGGGGGUGACCCGCGUGAAGUCAACAUGGGCUCGUACACGCGCGAGACACCUUUACACUUUUCUGUGCAGAACAACCACCUCGAGAUCACCAAGCUCCUCCUCGACGCCGGGGCGGAUCUGAUGGCCCUCAGGAACUUCCAGGAUCCGUCCACUGGCCUCAACCAACGCGUGUCGCCGCUGCAGUGGGCAAUUACGCACGGCUACACUGCGGUGCUCGACGCCAUGCUGCCACACAUGAAAUCUGUCGAGACCGUCGGCCAGGCUCUGCUCUGGACAGCCUCCGCCAGUCGCGCCGACAUGCUCGCCGCCGUGCUGGGCCAUCCCCUCGCGGCUCGCCUGAGCAGUAGCGGCGAUGACGGCCCCGGCCAUCUUUCCAAAGCACUGGCCCAGGCCGCUGCCCGCCACAACGCCCCGAUGGUGCGAACCCUCCUCGACGCCGGCGCCGAAGCGACGGCACUACUACACGCCCACGCCGCUGAUGGCGAGGGGCAGACUGCAGGAGGCCUCGGGAUGCUGCACGUCUGGGCGGCAGGGGACCCUGACGUCGACAUCAUGCCAGACGCCGCUCACAUUUCCAACCUCCCGACCGUCGCCAGCAAGACAUCAAGAGACCCAGAGGCCGCUGCCCGGGUGUUCCGGAUGCUCGUCGCUGCCGGGGCCGACGUCCACCAGCGCACGUCCGAUGAGCUGCACAGCACGCCGCUGCACUAUGCGCGGGACGCGACUACGGCGCGGCUCCUCGUGGGCGAGGGCGGCGCCGACGUCGGUGCGGUCAACUCAGGCGGGGAGACGCUGCUCCGGCUGACGCGGGACCCGGCCACUGUCAAGUAUAUCCUCGAGGUGAUGAGCACCGAAAAGCCGGAGGAGGCGGCGCUGGCGGGGACGACGACGACGACGACACCGGAGAUUGUGGCUGCAAUGCUGGAGCGCCUGAAUUCCGACUGGUACCGCUGGAACCGGACGCUCUUCCUCGAGCAGGUCGAGGUCUUUCUUGACCACGGCGUCGAUCCGACUACGGUUGUGGACGAGGACGGACAAACGCCACUUCACCUACUCGUACAGCUUGUCAGGACCAACGCUGAUAGUGAAAUACGUGGCUGUGGAGGUAGGCGGGGCCCUCGUGGUGAUGGCGCUGGUGAGGUAAAGGACACCCGUGUGCCUCUGCUCCAGCGACUGCUACGACAUCCCGGCAUGGACGCCAACAUGCGCAACGCACAGGGACAGGCGGCUCUACAUCUGCUCAACAUGACCCCGAUAGAGGCAUACAAGGGCAACAUAGAUCUCCUCGCAGCCCUGGUGGACGCCGGGGCGGACCUGGAGGCCCGCGAUGGCCAAGGGCGUACUCCGCUCUUCUUCAUGCUCGAGUCGGACGAGGCCCACGUCCGGCCCGACAUGAUGGUCACCGCGUGCAAGGAGAUUCGGGGGCCACUUGUCCAGUGGCUCCUUGACGCGGGAGCCGAUCCGCGAGCGGUGGAUCGUGAGGGCAACACGCUGUUCCACGAGGCACAUGACAAAGGGCCGUGGCCAUGGAGAGUCUACAAGGAGGGAGCGGGCGAGUUUGCCUUGUUUGACCAACUGGCCAGUCUCGGCGUCGACCCGACACAGCCAAACCACGCGGGGAAAACGCCGCUCCACCUGGCGAGCACCAUCACGCCGGGGGCCUUUCACCACGACAAGCGGCCCGGGCAGCGCGAGUCGACGACGACGUUUGACUGGUUCCUCGGGAGGCAUGGCCCUGGCAACGUCGACGUGGCGGACCCGGACGGCGUCACUCCCUUACAUAACGCGGCCACCUUUUCCGAAUACAUGGCUCGGCGGCUGCUCGAGUAUGGUGCCGACCCGCUCAGGAUGACCAAGGAAGGGCUCAACGGUCUUCACCUUGCUGCUCGCGCACGGCAGGUGAAUAUCCUUGGCAUGAUGCUCGAAAGCGUCGCCGAGUCGGACCGUCGGGCCGGAGGACGCAACACCAGUACUCACCGCCACAGCCGGUCGCCUUUAUUCUAUGCGGUGGCGUCUGGGAAGCCGGAGAGCGUGAGGCUCCUCCUCGAGGCAGGCAUGCCCUUGGUGACCCUACGGCCGCAGACAGAAGAGUAUCAGGACUCGGUGCUGCAGGCAGUUGUCGAGUUUGAAGAGGAGCUUGCAAACUGGCCGCGACGGCCCGUUGGUGUCAAGCUCGGCAGCAGAGAUGUCGGUAGCGUCUCUCUGGGCGACAGGUUCCGCAUGCCCAUGGCGCCAAUGGCUCCCCCCUCGGAGCGUCUCGACGAGAUACUCGACCUACUUUCCGAAUACGGCUUGAUCCCGAAGCACCACAUCAGGAUGGCGAUCGUGGAGGCGGCCGAGAAGAAGGCAGCUUAUACUCUGACAUGUCUACUUCGAAUCAGCGAGCAGCUCGGAAUGGAGUCGUCAACCGAGGUUGAUAAUGGCUCGCUGAGUGCCUUGGUCGAAGCCAGGCAGGAGGUUGCAAAGCCCUUUGAGGAGGCCAUCGCUGCAAGGGGAACACUGUCUACCGACGAAUUUCACGAGGCUAUGAAGGAACGUCUCUUUGAUGUCGUUGCCAAGGGGUUGUCGACGCCCGACAGCGCUCUGCAGGUGCUCGAGACCAGCCGCGGGCGCCACGACUUCGGCACGACAAUUCUACAGUAUCUUGCAGCGGGGGGCCACGCGGCUCUCCUGGCAAAGGUCGCGAGCGCCGAAUCUAUUGCCAAACAGUCCCACGAGGGGGUCGAGCCUCUGCUCGUCACGGCCUGCAGGCGCGAGAUCCCCAACAUGGAUGUUGUGAGGCUUCUCGUCGAGCAUUUUGGCGUCGAUGUCAACGACGUGGGCAAGGUCAUGCCGUCUUACUGGAACACUGCCGGGACUGGCCCAAGUGGCACCUCGGCGCUGCACGCGCUCGCAGAGGGGGGACACUGGUGGCAGGCCGCCCAGGCCAUCCCGUAUCUGGUCGCUCACGGCGCCGACGUCAACAUCCGGUCACAAAAGGGACAAGCGGGAAAGUUGACGACACCGCUCAAUGUCGCGCUGAGGCCCCUCAUGUGGCACUGCAACCUGAGCGUCAGCAAGCGUGCGGUCCAGGUCCUGCUCGAGCACGGUGCAGACGUGACAGCCGUCGACGACCAGGGCGUUUCACCCCUCGACCGGGGAAUGCGGGAUGUUGAGAUCUGGGCCCUCCUGGUGGGCAAAGGAGCCAGGGUGUCGUCGCAGGACCUUAUCGCCGCCAUCGACAACGCAAAUCCAGCGGCUCUAGAGGCGCUGCUCGCCGCCGGGGCGGAUCCGAACGGACGGAGGAGCUCACCACCGCCCAUCGAGAAGUUCGCGCGGGCCUCUGAUAUGUUCGGCCAACUCGACCUCACAAAGGAGCAAAGGUUCCCGCUCCAUCACGCUCUAGUGACGAACUCCAACAAACCGGACGUGCAGGCCAGGAUGGUCAGCUCGUUGCUCAAAAAAGGCGCUGACCCCUUUGCGAGAUAUGAUAAUUCCUCCCUGCUGCACCAGAUCUUUGCGCGAAAGUCUUCCUGGGAACCAGACUCGUGCCUGCGCCAGAUGCUCGAGACGGGAGCACUCCGAGGCCUAGACCCCAACAGCACAGAUGCCCACGGCGUCACGCUCUUUCACCUGUCGUGCCGGCACGGGCCGGACAAGCACAAACCUGGGCAGAAUGCACUACACCAUGGUCCAGGCGAGCCCCCGACACCAGCGGCCAUCAUGCUCUCACUGGGCACAGUCGACGUCUACGCCAGGGACAAGGACCGGCGCAACUCGCUGCACCACCUCAUCGCCGCGGGCGAGCCACGCGCCGACACCGAGAUGAUCCGCACGGUCAGCCGCUUGGCGCCCGAGCUCAUCAACCAGUGGGCUUACGGCGGCGGGCGGACGCCCUUCCACGAGGCCGUCGCGCACUUGUCGUGGGCGGCGGGCACCGAGGUCGUCGACAUCCUGCUCGACGCGGGCGCGGACCCCACGAAGGCCGAUCGGGAGGGCAACACGCCGCUGCAUAUACUGCUGGGCGGGGAGUUCCGCGUCUCUUUGGAUAACAACGGCUCCGACGACACCAAAACCACCAACAGGACCAGUAGCAGCGCCGUCGUGGUCCUCGACAGACUCCUGUCACAGCCUGGCGCGGACAUCAAUGCCGCCAACGGCGCCGGAGUGACGCCCUUGUUCGCCUAUCUGCGCAGCGGCACCGCCAGGCCUGCAGACUACCAGCGGGGCAUUACUUGGAAACAGGGAGAGGAUUUGGCCGAGAUCGAGAAGUGGGAGGUCGCCGUGCUUGCCAUAUUCGACGCGCUGGGCGCGGACUGGAGCGUGCGCUGCAGUAGUGGCAGCGGCAGCGGCAAGACGCUGCUGCAUGCUGCCGUCGAGUGGCAGGCAGGGUAUGCUGGGGGGCGGGCCGCGCGGGUAAAGUACCUCUUGGGUAAGAACGUCGAUCCCGGCGCCGAGGAUCAGACCCUCAGGACGGUGCUGGACUAUGCUGCUGCUCUUGGGGCGAGGGAUGUGUUGGAGUUGUUUGGCCGGACUGUUGAAGUUCCAAGAUUUGGUACUGGGAAUUCACGUGUAGCUGAGGAUGAGGACGAGGAUGAUGACUGGUAGAGGGGGAGUAGCAAAUAUUCCCGACUACAUAGGUUUUUAUUAUUAUCUCAUCCAUCUAUAA